GAAAAAAGAGAAAGCAAAAAAAAAAAGACAAUAGUAUAAAGAAAGAAGAGAAGGCACAUCACAACAAAACAACCACACAAGCACAAUAAAAAGCAACCCUCUUUUUCUUCCCCUCAAACCAAAGCCUUGUUUUUCACCCUUUUCCAAUUUUCCAUCCCAUAGUUUUAGACCUUAGAGUCCUAAUUUUUCCAAUCUCCCUCCAUUCCAAACCAAAUCCCCAACCUUUUCCUCUCUUACUUUUGCAGGUUAGAUGUUUGAUUAAAGUUCCAAACCAAAAAGACAGAAAAAACACACCCCCAUCAAUGGAAAUCACUUCAAGGCUUCAUCAUCAUCAAGAUCAUAGGGAGAAUAAUCAUAAUCAUAGUCAUAAUCAUAAUCACCCAUCUCCUAUGAACUCACCAAGAAGCAAUGUCAGCAACUGCAUAAGCAGCAGCAACAGCAACAACAACAACAAUGGCAUCCAAAUCCCAACACCACCAUUAACACCAAAAACAAUUAUCCCCAGAUCUGACACAAACCCUUAUCCAACUACUUUUGUUCAAGCUGACACCACAAACUUCAAGCAAGUGGUUCAGAUGCUAACAGGUUCAUCAGAAACAACAACAAGAACAACAACAGCACCACCACCACCAUCACCAUCAUCAUCAGCAGCAAAGCAACAGCUUCAAGAUCCAUUGUUGCCACCAUCUUCAUCAAGGAACUUCAACAUCCCUCCAAUCAAGACAGGACCAAACAAGAAGCAGCAACAAGGGUUCAAGCUCUAUGAGAGGAGGAACAGCAGCCUCAAGAACAGCCUCAUGAUCAAUACCCUCAUGCCAAAUUUUGCACUUGCACACCAUAACAAUUCUCCAGGAUUCUCACCCAGGAACAAGCCUGAGAUCCUCUCACCAAGCUUGCUUGAUUUCCCUUCCCUUGCUCUUAGCCCUGUCACACCAUUGAAUGAUGAUGACCCUUUUGACAAGUCCUCACCUUCACUUGGAAAUUCAUCAGAGGAAGAAAAAGCCAUAGCUGAAAAGGGUUUCUAUUUGCAUCCUUCUCCCAUGAAUACUCCUAGAGGUUCAGAGCCACAGCUUUUGCCUCUUUUCCCUUUGACAUCACCUAGAGUUUCAGAGUCUUCACCUUCCUGAAGAGGAAAAUAUGAUGAAGAUGAAGAAAAAAAAGAAGAGAUUGUGUUUGUACAACGCUAUAACUUGUGCUGCUGUUGUUGUUGUUGAUUAUGAUGAUGAUGGUGAUGAUGACGAUUUAGAUAGAGAGAGAGAGAGAGGAUCAAGAGAAUUGAUCACAUGGUGAUUUGGAAAUUUGAAUGAUUUUUUUCAACAAGUUUUAAAUCAUCAAGUCAUCAACCACCACAGUGGAAUUGGGUUCAGAGGUUGAACAGAAUCCAAAGAAGGCAAAUAGAGGACAAGGAAAUAAGGAUGAUGCAGCUAAGGAGGGACACAUUUUACUAAGGACACAGCAGAAUCCUAUGUUGUCAUCACAGAAAAGCUGCACCAAGAGGAAAGUGAGUAUGUCAAUUUUACCAAGAGGGUUGAGUCUUGAGAUUUAGAGGGUCCCUCUUCUUGGUUUUGCCAAUUUCAUAUAUUCUGAUCAAUUUCUCUGGCGACUCUCACACCCCAGAUAUGAUAAUGUGUCUUAUUUUGGUCUUUGUCUAAAUUUUCCUUUUUCUGAUUUAUUUUUAUAUUUUCUGACUACUAUUGGAAGAGAAACAUUUUGUAUGAUUGUAUCAACUAUCAAUUUUAUAGUUCCCUUCUAGAUUAAGAAUUAA